AUGAAUCCAGUGAAUGAACCUGAAGAAAACACGUUUUUGUCGUGGCUCAAAAAAGCAUCGCUGGAGAAAUUCCAUCAAACAUUAGUUAAUAAUGGAGUAACUGAAGUUUCGCAUAUUCAGGAUGUUCAGGAAGACGACGCUUUAUCGUUUGGAUUUUCGAAGUUUGAGGCUAGGAGACUGCAACGUUGUUUUGCCGAGUAUAAAACACAGCAAAAGGACACACGAGAGAUCCCCAAAACAGCUUUCAAGACUUCAUCAUCAUCUAUGGUUGUAGCACUACCAAGGGCCAUGCGAAAUUUUGUGGAAACUAGAGAUGGUACUGGCCAUAUCGUUGUGAACACUGAAUCGCUGAAACGAAAAUUCAGGAAUCUGUACUACCAAUCUCCAGUUACCCCGAAUCAAAUCUUUUCAAAUUCUUUCAUUUUAAAAAUGGCCGCAGAACGUCUUCAGUUCUCGAAAAGCUUUCGUGAGUGUGAGAACUGGUGCAGAAAAGAGCGUUGGAUACGAAUUAAGUUGAUGAUUGGAGUGACAAAGCCACCAACUCUGGACAACGGGUCACCGCAUCACAAGAAACAAAGUGUGUAUGGUUGUGUAGAGAUUGCGAAGAAUCGUUAUUUGGAAAUCGUAGCUUUAACAGAAAAUGACAAUGCUUUGAGGAAAACACACUAUGAACAUCUAUGUAGAUUGUUGGAAAUGUAUCAUGAUGCACUUUUUUUGGCUAAUGAAAACUUGAACAUUCUGCACCAAUGAGAUUGAGAGAACAAUGAAGGAAAGCUCAAAUGGAAAAAUACUGGCAAAAGGUGAGUUUCUUUAAGAAAAUAUACAUUUGUUUGUAACACCUUGAUCUUAAAAAUAUGUAUGAAUUUAUUUAUGUAUUUCUGGGAAAGUCGUGUAUAUAGGUUCUUGGCUAUAUAGUUUUAAUUGUGUUUUGUAGUUUUGACUCCUGAUGACUAAACUAUAGUUCAUAUUCAAAAUGUUCAUAUUCAGAAUUACACUUGAUAUUUUAUAAAAAUAAGUGCUCAGUGGUUUCUGUAAAAUUUGCACUACAUAUUAAAAGGAAAUUGCCCCAUCCUUGGUCAAGACUAGUGGCAAUUGAACACCCCCACUAGCCCCCUCAUGAGGAGGUGAUCACCACCCAGUGCAUGCAAUUAUGCUGAGAAUAUCUAAUUGCCUUAAUAUAUGUUCAUGUUUUAAUAAUUGUAGGUUUUGAAGACCAGAAUGAAUUCUUCAAUGAAUUACUUCCAAGAGUGAAGGAAGCAGUAACAUACAUCACAGAAAUUGCCUGCAAUUAUGAGGAUUUAGUGAAAAAAUCUAAAGAGAAGUAUGGAAGCAGUAUGGCAGAACAAAUGAGCAAAAGGAAGAAGAAACAAAACAUGAGAAAAGAAAAGAGCAAGAUUAAGUAGAGGAAAAGAAAAUGUAGAAGAAGAUAUUGCCAUUGAGAUUAUAGAUCAAGAAGAUAGUGUCAGUUUGAUAGAUGAAGGAGAAAGUGGUAGUUUGGUUGUAGAUCAAGAUAAUAGUGUCCGUUUGAUUGUAGAUGAAGGGAAAAGUGGUAGUUUGGUUGUUGAUCAAGAAGAUAGUGUCCGUUUGAUUGUAGAUGAAGGGAAAACUGGUAGUUUGGUUGUAGAUCAAGAAGAUAGUGUCCAUUCGAUUGUAGAUGAAGGGAAAAGUGGUAGUUUGGUUGUAGAUCAAGAAGAUAGUGGCACUGCGAUUAUAAAUCCAGGGGAAAGUGGUAGUUUUGUGGUUGUAGAUCAAGAGCAGAGUGGCAGUGUGAAUGAGGAUUAUUAA